AUGCCCGCCACCACUCCGUCGUCGGCCUCAAGCAAGAGGAAACGUGCCGCAUCGUACUCGUCCAACCCCCUCUCGCCUAUUCCGGAGAGUCCACCCCUUAUCAGCUUGUCGACACCACCUGGUAAGAGAACAAAAACUUACGAGGUGGCGACAUCGCAGGUGGCGUCUUCGGGCAAGAGGACGAUCGCUCGAGACGACGGACUCGACAACUUGAGCUUCCCGCCCCCCGUCUUCCCCGUCCGGAUGGCCGCUUCCAUUGCCUUUUCCGCCUGGGCUCUGAGGGCUCGUUCCCACUCACCUCGCCUUCCGACGGCGACCGUCUUCUGCGCCGACGUAUCUGGCCCUCCGCAGGCGCCCGAACUUGCGCAGAGCCUGCCUCAGGCUUUCGGGGAAGGGCAGAGCUCGGCGCAGGCCACCGGACGGCGCUUCGUGCGCAACAGCUUUCGCCCCGUCUCCAAGAUCCCCGAAAUCGCGGAGCUCAUCAGCCAGUCCGCUAGUCGCCACAAGCGGGCUGUCUCAGCCCCAGAUCUCAGCAGCGCUUUCAGAGAUCACUCGGCAAUGGGCUCGAAGCUUAAGCCUGGUUUGUCAAGACGGGCUGACGACGCACGGGAGGUCACGGACGGGAAGCAAGACGUGUCGGACAGGGCUACAACGCAGCGUCAGCGAGACGUCUGGAAAGAGCUGGCUGGCGAGGGCAAGAUCGUCACGGUAGACAAGAAGUCGGCGCAGUACAAGAUCACCGCCCUCGGUCCAAUUGUGCGAUACUUGCGCAGCCUGGGAACCGAUCCAGCCGUGACUGCUGUGGUUGUUCCCAUCCCCAGAGCAGCCAUGGAGAAGUACAUUCAGGAUCCCCUUGCCCAGGUCCAUCUGAGAAUGGUCUGUACAUCGACUGCAGACCUGGCCAUCUCAGACUUGCGCCCAUCAGAGAUGUGUGUUCUGGUCUCGCAUCCGGUGAACAAGACCUAUCUCUUUUCCAUUUCCGCCCGGUCGUUCGCCAGAAAUGAUACUCUCGAGCGACAUUGGAGGACCUUGUUCGACUGGUGCCGACGUGCACGCGAGGAAGAGCCUGACGAAUCAAAUGUGCGUAUGCCCCCGGUGAGUAGCCACGUCCUUCGAGAGACUUGCGGACAUGUGGAGUGUGGAGCACGGGGUUGCCUUCCCCGAGCAAGACUCAAUUACACAGCUGACCUCCAGUCACUCUCUGAUUCGGGCCUUUCUCACAACAACCCCACACGUUUCUUCUUUGCUUCAAUAUUUCUUGAUAACACUCCCACUAUCACAAAGUCACUUUGCCACAACCAUGCCUGCGUCUACGUCGUCUGCGCCCGUCAAGCGGAAGCGCGCUCUAUCGACCACACCUCUCUCCCCCAUCCCCGAGGACCCUCCGCUCGAUACCAAGAGGAUCAAGUCCUCGGCGAGUGGAUCUGGCUCGGCGUCGACUGCCACCGAAACCCCCAGCAUCGGCAGCCACAGGACUCAGAGAGGAAGGUCAAUCGAGGACUCCUUUGCCGAAGCGCGCGAGCUUCUACGCCCGCUCGUUCCUUCCGCCCCAUCGGCCCCAGCGCCCGUUCCGCCGCCAGUUCCGCAGCGUCGGCCCCAGCGCCGGUCCAUCCGCCAGUUCCAGCGAUUGCGCUUCCAGACAACGACACGGCCGUAUCCAUCCUCCGGGACCUGGUGCCUGCGGCUCGCCGCGCCGAGGAAUUCCUGCAGUCACUGGUGGCGGCAGCAGCAGAGUCCAGCACGCCGCCUGUGGCGCUGCUGCAGUCCGACCCAGAGCCGCCAGCCACCAGCGUCAAUGCUGGCAGUGUCGGCCGCGCAGCCUCUCGCUCUCGCCCCCAGCGAGUUUCGGUGGUGGGCUACAUAGGCGAAGACUCCAGCAAGCCGUCUGUGGCGCCGCUACAGUCCGCCAACCCUGAGCCACCCUCCACAACCAAGGCCAACCAAGGUCGUCCCGAUGUCGCUGGCCCAGCCUCUCGCUCUCGCCCCCAGAGAGUUUCGUUCCGCCCUACACCACGCCUGCUCUCGCUCGGGAACGGCUCACAGGGCGGUGGGCUGCAUAGGCGAGCGGCAUCCGCCCCCUCCCUUCAGGGCCUUAAAGACGAGACGCUGGGCAGUGAGAGCCUCGGUCCUGGCCGCCUGCACGACGCGUCUGAGCCGAAUAACGGGGAAGGCACUGGCACGACGGACAAGGCGAGCUCCGGGGACGUGCCGCCGCUUGCUGAGCCGGACAUUGCUAGUCUGGCAACCAGCAAGCAACAGCGCGGGAUUUGGACGGCACUGGCAACGGGGGAACGCAAGGUCUUCGUCGACGCCAAGACCACGGCGCUCAAGAUGACCGUGUUGCCGAGAACCCUCCAUGCCGUCGCCGACCGCCAGAAGAUGUCGGCGUCGGACAUAACUGGGAUCUCCCUGCCCUUCCCGAAGGCGGAGAUGGCCAAGCUCUCCGGUCUUAGCGGAGGCGCAGUGCUGUUGCGACUGGUCGAUCCGGGGUCAAGGGACCUCUCAACGUCCAACCUUGACCCCAAGAUCAUCGGCAGCUCAGUGGGUCUACCGCCAGGAAGGACUAGGGCAACUUCCUGUCAUGGGGACAUGUCGCCCGCGAGGAUUCUCGAGUCGAUCCCCAGCCUCCGACUGUCGGGCCCAUACCAGCCCCACCCCCCGCCACUCGAUGACGGCCUUCCUCUGAGAAACCACACCACCAUGUCAACUGAGUCGCACUGGACACCCGAGCCCGGUCAGUCCGGUGCUCCUGGGGGAAGCACAUGGGCGACACCCCCGUCUCUCGAAGCGUCAAGUGAAGCCAGCACUUCUGGGAGGGCUACGCCGACUGGGGUCUCUGACUUCAUGCGGAAGUGCUUGGACGUAGCGAAGGGCAAGGCCAAAAGCUGCCCCGCGCCUACGUCUCACACCACUUCCAUCGACCCCGGCCCAACUAGGCUCACCGACAACGCCGGUGCCGAACCUGCCUCGGAACCAAUGCUCUCUCCGGGCACCGUUCGACGCGUAGUCACGGCCUACGAAGGUAUUGUCAACUGCGGUCGAUACCAGUCGCACUAG